AUGCCUCUGGAGUACCCUCCCUUUCUCCCACCCUGCUCACGUCUCUCCCUCACCCCAGGGCGACCGCUGGGCUUUUCUCUCUCGCCACACGCGCAUGACUUCACCCUGUGGCGCUCCCCGCUGCCUCCUCCUACCCUGCCAAGCCACGCCCCUGCCAUGUGCGCUGGUGCUUGGAAUGCUGAGUGCGUUGGUGGCGCGUCUGCUUCCUCCGGUGCAGCCGGUGCUGCUGCUGCACAGGCAGCAGUGGCAGUGGUUGUUGAGGGGACAGGGGAGACAGGGGAGGGAGGUGGGACAGGGGAAGCUAGGGGCGCCCAGGGAGAUGCGCAGGGAGGGGGUCUGGGGGGCGGGCAGGGAGGCGGGCAGUGGGUGCUGGAGGCGGGAGGGCUGCAUGGCAGGAGAGUGAAACAGAUGCAGGAGAAGCAGCAGCAGCAGCAGCAGCAGCAGCAGCAGCAGCGGAUAAGGCAGCCGGGGCAGGGAAGCCAGCAACAGUCUCCACAGCAGAGUGUGCAGCAGCAGGAGCAGGCAGCACAGGAGCAACAGGUAGCACAGCAGCAGCAGCGAAUGCAGCUCGGAGCACAAGAGGCACAUUUAGGACAGCAAGCAGCUUCUGAAAGGUUGAGCGAACAUGGUAUAUCGGGCACACAUGCAGACAUCCCCACUUCAAGCCGCGUGCAGCCACUCAACGGCUUGUCCCUUCAAGGCAUGCAGCACAGGGGAAGGGGCCACCAGCAGCGUGACAGGGAAGGUGUUGCAGGCUGGCAGUGGAACUGUGUGGAGAUGGAAGGGGAGGGGCGGAUGGGGGGCGGGCAAGACGGGGCGGGUGCAUCCCCCCAGCCAUGCUCACAGCCACCUGUGUUCACAUCUGGGCGGCGGAGACGGGCAGACGACCCGCUUCUGGGCAGCACAAGCAAGCGGGCCAUGUGUGCCUCUGCUCCGCUGCUGCCUGCUGCCACGCAUGUUACUGCUGCUAGCAGGCCUGCAGAUGCUGGUUUCAGGCAUAUCAACGCUGCUGCCAUGCCUGCUGCCACUGCUGCUCUGCAUCCUUUGGCUGCUGACACCAAUGAUAGCAGAGGGAUCGCAGGAGGUAUGGCAGGAUGUGUGGCAGGAGGUACGGCAGGGGGUAUGGCAGCAGGUGUGGGUGCUUCUAAUGCAGCAGUGAACAGUGAUUCUGCUGCCGCUCGUCAAGCGGGAGUGGCUGCAGAGGAGAGGGACCAUUCAAGCAGUGCGGGAGACGGGGCAGAUGAGUCGAAUGUAGCCCCUACUGCCGAAGCUGCAAGUGAGGCUGAGACGCAGCCGGGGCUGUCGUCUACAAGCGUGGGUGCAUCGGCGCGUGACUAUAGCGAAGGGGUGCAUGAGGGUCCUGGGCUGGCAUCCCCCAAUCUAAGCCCCCCCAAUGUGAGCCCUCUCAACCUGAGCCACAACCACCACGUGAAUGGGACCGGAGGGAGACGUGGGCAAGAGGGGAGGAGAAGUGGAAACGGGAGUAUGCCGAACAGAGUGAGUGUUGCUGGCGACAGCUUAGGAGCAGGAGGAAGGGCGGGCAGGGUGGUGGGCGAGGGGAUGCUGAGACAGCAGGGUGGAGGAGUGGGCAUUAGGGAGGAGGAGAGAGGAGAAGAGGCAGCAGGAGCAAGUGGGGUUGUGGCCAGAGUAUUGAACCCAGGGCCUGGGCGCACCACAGCAGCCAUGGGAUGGCGAGGAGGGGCGUCAGGCACACUUGCACAGGUGUGCUUCUUCUUUGAAAUGGCGCUGUUCACUCACUACCCCCCCUGCUGUGGUUCCACCCACGUGCACGUGCACGCUGUACAGGGAUGCGGCAUGCGUCUUAUUCGAAGGCGCAUUGGUAUCUACUCCCCCUUUCCCUGUCGCAGGCUGUGGUUCCAACCACGUGCGCAUGCACGCUGUAUGAGGAGGCAGCAUGCGUCUUAUUCGGAGGCACCUCAUUAUGUAUUCUUCCUUGCCCUGUCACAGGCUGUGGGUCCGCCCACGUGCGUGUGCACGCUGUAUGAGGAUGCGUCAGCCUACCUGCUGCUGGUGUCGCUGCCCCACUGCAACCUCUCCUGCCUCCGAGUCACGUGGCGCAACGCCGGUGCUGCUGGGAUCGUCAAGAUCUCCUGUGCUGCCAUCUUCCCCCCGCCAUCCGUAUCUCGCUCCGGCCGCACAUUCCGCCAAGUGUCGCGCUCUCAGUGGCCGGGGGAGCAUUGCCCUGUUGGCCCGUUCGAAAGGGAGGUGCAGCUGCCCCAGCGCAUACCAGAAAAUGCUGACGUGGCAGCCAGUGUGUCUGCAGACGGGUCUGGUAUCGAGCUGCUGAUGCCGAAGCUCAUGGCAGUCACCGAGGAGCGUGAGGUUCGGGUGCUUCUUCCGGGCCUGCAACGAACCUGA